AAAAUGUGACCUGAUUAAAUCAUUUGCCACUUCGCUAACUGAAGUUUGGAGUUGAAGCAAAACUCUAUAUCAGUCAGAACUUUUAAAAUGGCCAAAAGAAGGGUUGAAAUUGCAUUGCAAGAUGAAAUCAAUGAUCAAGACAGUUGGAAUGCAUUCCUUGAGAAAGAUGGCCUUACAGUUGUCGAUGUCUACCAAGAUUGGUGUGGUCCUUGUUCAGCCGUUUUGGGGUUGUUCAAACGACUCAAAACAGAGAUUAAUGACGAUCUGUUGCACUUCGCCACAGCUAAAGCAGACAACAUUGAAGCUUUGCACCUCUAUAGAGGGAAGUGUGAACCAUACUUCCUGAUUUACGGGGGUGGCUGUCUUGUAGCUGCGGUUAAAGGAGUGAAUCCUCCACUUCUAGAAAAAUGUAUAUUCGAUAAACUGAAGCAGGAGCAUGAUGUACUAAAUGGUGAAGCCAGAAGAGUCGAAAUACGUGAUCCCAUGGUGCUUGCUAAGGAACUAGAAGAAACUGAGCUUAGGACGAAGAGGGAAGGAGAAGAAGAGGUGAAGCAAGAAGUUACUCUAGCUGUCCUGAAACCUGAUAUUGUAGCCGCUGGAUUAGCAGAACAGAUAAUUGAGGAACUUAAAGAAAAAGGUGUUGAAGUACUUGAACAACAAGAACACUUGUUUACCACAGAAGAGGCUGAAAUAUUCUACGAAAACUCCAAAGAUCAACCAUAUUUUCAGGAUUUGGUUGAAUUUAUGACAUCUGGUCCAAGUAGAAUACUAGUCUGUGCGCUGGAAGGAAAUCAAGGAGUUAUUGAUGAACUAAGAGGGUUGAUCGGGCCGUCUAUUUUGGAAGAUGACUCUGGAGAAUAUAGUGAAACGUUAAGGGCAAAAUAUGCAUCUGGAAAAAUUAGAAAUGCUAUCCAUGCUGCUGAUUCUAAAGAAGAGGCUGCAAAAGAAUUGGCAUUUUUCUAUCCAGGUUACGAACCACCAGUUAUAACAGUGAAACGUGAUCGUCUACUUCAUGAAACAUCUACUGAACAAAUUGAUGCAGGUAAAAAAGGUAGAAUUCAACGUACAGUUGCCAUAUUACGUCCACAAGCCUACGAAUUAUAUAAAGAUAAAAUAUUAGAAGAAAUUAAAAAGGCUGGAUUUACGAUAGCGAUGCAGAAGGUGAUACGUUUAACUAAGGAACAAGUGGAAGACUAUUAUAAAGAACAUAUAGGACAACCAUAUUUUGGAGAGCUAACAGUAGUAAUGUCAAGUGGUCCAUGCCUAGCUUUACUUCUAGCCAGAGAAGAUGCUGUCUCUAAGUGGAAAGAAAUGUUAGGCCCAACGAAAAUUGAUGAUGCUAAAGCAACAGCUCCUGAAUCACUACGAGCUAGGUUUGUCCCAAAGCAAUUAACAGAUAAUUUUAAUGUGAAAAGUGGAGAAAUUAAUCUUCUACAUGGUUCUGCCAAUGAGAGUGAAGUGGAGCGAGACUUAAAUUUCUUCUUCCCAGUUGAGACAACAGUUGCAGCAAUUAAACCAGAUGCUUAUGCUAAUCGAGAUGAAAUUAUUGAACGAAUAAAGUCAGCUGGUUUUCAUGUAGCAGCACGUCAAGAAACAAGUCUUACAAAAGAAUUAGCUGAAAAGUUAUAUGAGGAUUGUGCUGAUAAGCCAUUUUACAAUGAUUUGAUCAAUCACAUGACAAGUGGUCAAACUUUGUUCAUGAUUUUGACAAGAAGGAAUGCGAUUGCCGGUUGGCGUCAAAUGAUGGGGCCAACAGAUCCGAACAAAGCAGCCGAUGAAUCAUCAGACAAUAUACGAGCAAUUUAUGGUAGAGAUAUUCUUCGCAAUGCAGUGCAUGGCGCUUCCAAUGAAGAACAUGUUAAGCGCAUUCAAGAACUAUUAUUUGAUAAUCUUGGAACCAGUGAAAAAAGUCAUACAUUGAGUGAAGGAAUGAAAACUGAUAAAGCCAGAAAAACUGACGAAGAAGAUGUUACCAGAAAAGGUGAAAUAGAUGAGAUAAAUGAUGAAGAGCAAGAAGCAGAAUGGGCUAAGUUGCGUGACAAUGAACUAAAAGAAAAUGAAGAAGAAAAGCAACCUGAAGAGGAGGAAAACAAGGAAGAAAAGUCACCUAAUCCACCAGGAGUAACUGAAAUUGAUAAUGCAUCAAUAAGUCCUGUAAUACAAGAUAUUCAACAGGCUACUAGAGAUAAUAAUGAUGUACUACCUGGACAAAAUAUACUAACUGAAAUCAUAGCUGAAGCAGUGUCAACAGAAGAAAAUGUGGAUGCUUCACCGGAGGAUAAUCUCAGUCUUAAAACGAGAUCAUCAGUUCAAGAUUGAUGGAGGCCAUCUGGAAUCAAAGAUACAUCAGUUUCUGCAUACUGUACUGUUCCAGCUGAUAAGAGCUGAAAUCACUUUGCUGUAAAAACUUGAAUAAGUCAAGACAUGGGUGAAUUAGUUCUCGUCAAUAACUUGGAAGCAUUUUUAUUGUUCUAGUAUAUUCUUUAUUGAAGUUACAGUUUCCAUCAACCCGUUUAUCGGUGUUCUGAUCACCUCUAUCUUAUUUCUGUUGCUAACUGAUUCUUUACCAGCAUUUCACCUCUCAAUGUGAUCUUUAACAGUGAUUUCUAAUUAAUUAAGUAACAUUUUACUGAUUGUGUAAGAGGUUGGUAACACUUCAGGUGAUUAUAUGAAUUCCGUAUAAUAUAAUGUGUAGUAAAUGUAACUUUUGAUUCAAUAUGAAACAGGUAAUUAGCUUGAUAAAGUAAAAUUUAUCAUAACUGAAUAAUUCUGUGGUUUAUUUUCUCGUUUCUCACUAAUCAAUUAAUAAAGCUUCACAGAUUUUAUGAGUGACUGUUAAGGUCAUCCUAACAACUACUGAAGUACUACACUUUAUGAGAAGAUGCUUUUCCAGUUGAAAUAAAGAAAGCUAACUGAUUGUUUCAGUCGUUGGUGGGACGAAUUUUGACAACAUUCGAUUUUAUAUUUUGGCUUAGAUUUAUAUUAAACAAGCCUAAAAGGCAAACGGAAUUCCACUUAACUUAUCCAUUACCUUGUUGUCUCAAAUAAAAUGAUGCUUCUAAGCCUUUUACUUGUCAGAGUCAGGAUGUAACCUGAUAGAAUUGAAAAUGCUGUCUGUCCAUUGCAUAGAUGCUUCAUAAUCUGAACUUAUUUACGAAAUUCUGAUGAUUUAAGAACCUUAACCUAUGGCUAACUUUGGGAAGAGAUUGGCAGUAUGUCUGAGAAGUGAAGUCCUG